UCCUCGAACACCGGGUUUGUUUGUGCACUCGCACUAUUUUCGUGUCGGAAUAUGAGUGUUAAUAAUUGUUUAAAAGUUUGAUAAUUGAAUUAAAGUGUCGACAAAAUGAUGCGUUUAAUCCAUGUGCUAUUGUUAAUUUCCUGUUCUCUCUGUUUCCAACAUGAUAUGAUAGAAUCUGAAGACGAAAUACCCCCUCAUGGUAAAUGCCAGCCUAUAACCGUACCUUUUUGUAUAGGUAUAGCGUAUAAUGAAACGAUAUUACCGAAUAUGUUGGGUCAUCAGAACCUACAGGAAGCUGGCAUGGAAAUUCAUCAGUACUUCCCUUUGGUUAAGAUUGAUUGUAGUCCGGACUUGCAGUUUUUUUUAUGUUCAGUAUAUGUUCCUGUUUGCACUAUAUUGGACCGUUAUUUACCUCCAUGCAAAUCGUUGUGUAUAUCAGCCAGGAACGGUUGUGAAGGUGUAAUGCAAAGGUUCGGUUUUCAGUGGCCGGAUUAUUUAAACUGCGAUAACUUUCCAGAACCCGAUGAACUUUGUGUCGGUCAAAAUAAAUUAACAGUAACUCCUAAUCCUACGAGUGACGAUGUUUCUAAACAUCCAGUGACGAAAAAGUGGUCUCCAUAUCAUGGUAAAAAUUAUGGUUUUGUGUGUCCUGAACAGUUUAAAGUACCCGAUGUUUUGGAAUACUCUUUUAAAGUUGGUGAGAAAGUUGAAAAAAAUUGUGGAGCUCCUUGUCAUUUGAUGUUUUUUGAACACAGAAAAAACUUUUCAAAAAUAUGGGUAGGAACAUGGGCUAUAUUAUGCUCAGUGAGUUGCUUAUUUACAGUGUGUACUUUUCUCAUCGAUACAGAUAGAUUUCGUUAUCCAGAAAGACCAAUUAUUUUCCUAUCUGUUUGUUACAUGAUGGUCGCAAUAGCCUAUGUUAUAGGCUUCAUCGCUGGAGAUACGAUAGCCUGUAGAGAAGCAUAUCCGAGUAAACAUGGUAUAGUAACGGAAAGUACCAUCACUCAAGGAACCAAGUAUGAAUUGUGCACCAUACUGUUUAUGGUACUUUACUUCUUUAGUAUGGCUUCUAGUAUUUGGUGGGUGGUGUUGACUUUAACGUGGUUUUUGGCAGCUGGACUUAAAUGGGGACAUGAAGCGAUUGAGGCUAAUUCGCAAUAUUUUCAUUUAGCGGCUUGGGCCAUUCCUGCCAUUAAAACAAUCAGCAUUUUAGCCACUGGGAAAGUUGACGGUGAUAUACUUAGCGGGGUCUGUUAUGUUGGUAUAUGGAACGUAGACGCGAUGCGAACGUUCGUUCUCAUUCCUCUCGUCGUGUAUCUGGUGAUAGGUACUAUAUUCCUUACUUCAGGAUUCGUUUCCUUAUUCCGCAUACGAACAGUUAUGAAACAUGACGGCACAAAGACGGACAAAUUAGAAAAACUAAUGAUUAGAAUUGGUGUGUUUUCCGUUCUGUACACGCUUCCUGCUCUUGUAGUAAUUUCCUGUUUGAUUUACGAACACAGUUAUUUCGAUGAAUGGAUGCUGACAUGGAAUCAAGAUAUGUGUGAAAAAUCAAAAUACGCCAUACCCUGUCCGAGGGAUUUGAAAGAAAAAGCUCAUCCUAGGUUUGAAGUAUUCAUGGUCAAGUAUCUGAUGACCAUGAUCGUUGGUAUUACAUCCAGCGUGUGGAUCUGGUCGGGUAAAACUGUACAUAGCUGGAAAGUAUUUUUUAAUAGACUGGAAGGUCGACAUGUUGAAGCGUACGUGUAAAAUAUUAAUUUAUAAAAUGUUACCUGAGCGUUUUGUUGAAGUUUUUGAAAAGAUAGAUUCAUCAAGCUCUUUCAUAAUUUAAACAGUCCUCCCAAGUACAUUCAAUAUUAAAAUAUCUUAUUUUUGAUACUUGCUUAUUGAGCAGAAAUACUUUGUUAUAAGUAAAAAUUUGAGUUAAUCUCUAUCAAAUUACUGCUCUUGGUUAUUAAUGCACGUUGCAUCCAUGAUCGGAAGGCUUCUUUCGGAAUAUCUGUUUUGCCGUAACCUCUUCAAAAUCAGCUUUGAAGUUGAAACAUUCCUUUUUUAGUACAUUUCCUUUUUGCCAGAAGUCUCAUGGUACUGAAAAUGGUGAGUAAGGCGGAUUUGGACAUCAAGACUUGUGGCGGUCGUGAAAUGUUACUUGUAGCACAGCGCGUUAUCAUGGUGAAGAAAAAAGUAGUUGAUUAAUUCUUACAAGUUUAUUUUAUCACACACAAUAAAAAAAUUGCUUAUUCUUACUCGUCCGUUUCCACUUCUAAAUCACUCUUACAUUAGCAAACAGUUUGGAAGGUUCUAAAUUAUCACUAAACAUAGAUUUCCAUAACAGGUACUGCAAACAUGAUCUUACUAUAGCCAAAACGAAUUCAAACUCAACGCUUAUUGUCUCAAAAUCUUUAAAAAACUACUAGUUGAUACAAAAAGCAUUUAUUAUAUUUUCUACCAGAUCUCGUAGUAUAACUUUGGUUUGACACCGUGACGAUCGAACCUCACCGCAAGUACGAUUAUUUAAAAUUAUUCUUAAAACACGUCCUGUUAUUAGAAUGUCGAUUGGUUCAAUUUGUAAAUAUUUAUAAAAUAUACAUAAUUUAUUAAUUCGUCAUUUGGUGCCUUACAUCAAGGAAAUUCCUAUCCUUCUUAACGAAUGUCAUAAAAUUCUCCUAAUCGAAUCGAUUCCAAACAAAUUACAAGAUGUCUCUAAUCUUUUCAUUGAACUUGAAAAAUCUAAUUCCAUAUAUCUAAAAACACAAUUCUUUACGGAGCCCAAUGGGCUAGCUGCCAUUUUUUGUAGUAGCACCCUAAAUUUAUGGACGAUAACUCAUACAACCUAUUGCAUUUCUUCUAUAUUUUUAAAUAAAACGUUUUCCUAAUUCAUUAAAAUCAAUUAGCUGAUUAUGACGCUCUGAUUAGCAGGUUAUGUCUUUCUAAUAAAAGUACUUGAUAAAAAAGGGUAAUGAAAAUAAUAUAUCAACAAUAUUCAUAUGUAGCCAUUAAAAACUUUCAUGGAUUUGAAUAUAAACAUCAUUUACAUGAAAACAUUAUUAUGCUUUGACCUUGACCCCAAAUUUAAAACCUUUCCCAUUGUUUUUCCUCAUAGAUAACUUUUCGUCGGGCGCAUAUUUAAAAUUAAAAAAAUUCUCUUUGCAUUCUUUUAUUUCAUUCCUCAAAAAUGGGUUUAUUCAUCUUUUCUACCGUAUAUAAGCCAUCAACUAUUUUAUCGUAUUUGAUACCUAAAACAUAAAGGUGAAAUUUUUGGAGCCGUUGGUCAUAUUCAUACAGUUUUCCACCAAUAAGCUUUCUUCUGCGAAAAAUAAUUCCAGCGGGAGAAUCCUCUUGGCAGGAUUCCUCACAUUUAUUCCUUAACUACUUAACUAUAUAGUGGGCUAUAAGAAAUAGGCCCUUUAUCCCAAUUUCAAAUAUAUAAUAAAUGCCUUCUUUUCUUUAGUUUCUCCAAUGUAUGCAUUUUACUUUACUUCCGAAGUCAUCGUGGUCUGCAACUUUGUAGUUUUUCCCUUAUAGCUCAAUACAAUACAUUUUUUUUAAUAAUAUACAGCACUUUUACAAUCUACUCUAAAAGCAGAGUAAUAAGUAAAUUGUCUAUAAGUUACUAAAGUGAAUCAGGAACCAUUCAUUAACGGUACUCUGAGAGUAUUUAUUGUGGGAGAUCUUCUGGGCAUAUUCUAUUCAAUCUUCUCUGGUAGUGGCUGGUUGAAUAGAUUAUUUAUUAAUUCAUGGUUGUGGUCAUUGAAAAGUUCUUUAUCACAUCUUUGAUUAGUGGGAUCUUCAGAUCGUUAUGAAUUGUUUAGUUAGUAACGUACCAGCGGGCUAUACCCUGGAUUGGAAAGUUCGAAGUAUAUUCGUAUUUGAAGGUUUACUGCAUAUGACCAGAUUGGUAUGGAUAUAGUUUUGUAGAUGAGCAAUUUAUUUUCGAGUCUUGGUUGAGACCUUUUGUUGAGUAGCCAAUGCAUAUUUUUUAGUUUCAAAUCUAACUGUUUUCUCUUGUUUUUGAUGUGUCUUUCCCAUGUACGUUUCUCAUCUAAAUGCAAACCCAAGAAUUUGAAAACUUGUUAUCGGAAUGGGAAUAUGGUAAUUUGCUAAUACAUACGUAAAUUUUUGAUAUGAAAAUACCACUUCCUCCUAAUUAGAGCUUUUCUUUCGAAAUGUUUAUACCUUAUUCAUCUCUGUUAUCAAUAAUAAUACUGUUCUAUCCACUCAACUUCAAACUUGUUUGCGGAAACUUAGAUACUUCUGGGUUUCACUAUAAAUACUUUAGUGUAAGGUCAAACCUAAGAUAAAUCAGUCAUUCAGGAAAGAGACCUCUGACUAUGGCAUAUAGAAAUCAGAAUGUACUUAAAUGAAAGUAAGUAAAGAUUAUACCAUCUUAAUUCUUGUCUUAAUUCUUGUAAAGAGCUUGAAAGGUUGAAAGUGUUGGUGAAUCUACCUUUGGAACUUUAUAUUUUAUAAUUGUAUAUUUGUUCUAGAGAAAUAAACAAGACUGCAGUAUUUCUAUGAAAACUAUACAGAUAAGUUGGUGAAAAAGUAUCACAGUAGUAAUCACAGUUUCAGAGAACUAAAUUCCAUCAAAUUAUAUUUGAUCAUAAUCUCAUUUAGACUAAUUGACCGAUCUUUUCGUCAAGGUUAUUAUUAUUGAGAACCUAUUACUUAAGCCUUUUUUAUUUUUAACAAUUACUUUUGUCAAUUACUAGUUUUAGAUAAAUUACAAUUACCAACUUCAUAUAUUUGUUUUAAUAAUUUAAUAGUCCAAGUUUUCGAAUAAUAGUCCAGGAGAUAUCGAUCCAAAAAAACGUGCAUCCAACCUUUCAUUGAUAGUUCAAAAAUAUAUAAAUAAAAAUACUAGUUUCGCGUGAGUUAUCUCCACCCUCUUGAAGACGUAGGAGUCUUCAAUCUUGCAGUAUCGUCGUAUAAAAAAACAAUUUUUCCAAAGAUUGCGGCAUUAAUUAUUUAUUAUUGUUGAUUCAGUUUUAUAGUUAAGUUGUGAUAUUACAUUUGUAAAUUUGAAUUUAAUAAACUUUUGUUUUAAAAAACGGAUUUUAAAGUUCUCAUUAAUUAAUUGGCGCAGUCAGUAGGAUGCGAAAUUUAAUCAGUAACAUAGAUGCUAGCAAAUGAGAAAUCCAAAGCGAAUAGCCAACAAAUGCGUGAAUGUUUAUCUCACAGAAAAUUCCAUUCUCUUCUAGAAAUAAAUGUAGAAAAGAAUGUUGUUAGCAAAGAGAGUCAUGCAAAUGUUCAAGGCUGUAAUCAAAACCCCAGAACAUAUAUAGUUGGAUUUCAUUUAAAGAAAACAAAAUAAUUUUAUUUUUAUAGAAUAGAAUUUAUUGUGAUGGAUAAGAUUUUAAUAAUCAUAAACUAACAGCAAUUUCCAAAAAACAUUUAUUAAAAAAAAUCACAUUUAUACGGAAAUAAUUUGAAAAAAUAUAUUGUAAUGGUUUUAUUAUUUAUUUAUUUCUAAUCGUUGGGUAAAUUUAUAAACACUGUCUCUUACGUUCUUAAUUUCUUUAAACACUUUACAGUACAUUUAACUAACUUAUAUAAUUAAUUUAAAUUUUUCGUUUCCUUUCGUUCCAUUCACUAUGACUACUUGUUAUAAACUAACUAACUCCGCUAAACAAACUUGUUUAUAUACCCAAAAAGAAAUUCUCAAAAAUUAAAGUAAAUAAAAAACAAAGCAAAUAAAUAAAAAGACCGUUCUAGAAAUUAGUUCAAAAGAAAAAUCAAACAAUCAAAACAUCAAAUGAGCCGCAACUUUGCCAAAUCCUAGAAUUCCAUUAUAACCGACAGGGCCGGCUUCAUGUCGGGGACGAGUUAGUAACAAUAGUAAAUUAUCUCCAAACGACUAAAAAUAUUUUAUCAAAGGAUAUUAAUAUACACAAUAUGGCCUUCAAAUCCAAGUUUUGAGCUCGUAUACUAAUAAAGUAUCAAAUUAUAUACAAAAGUAUUUGCAUGCACGUAUCGAGAAGGUUUUUGGAUGAACACAACUCCUGGAAUAAAAUGAAAUGGUAAAAUAUUGUCGUUGUCCAAUAUAUGAAUAGGACACUUAUAAUGGAUAGGAUACUUAUAAUCAUAUAAAUUUUAUAAAUCGUUCUAUAACUUCUCAAGUCUGCUAAUUUUUAUUUACAAGAAUUCGACAGUUUUUAUCGUCUAAUAUAUUCUGUGAAACUGCAUAAUUUGAAUAUUUUUUCAACCAACCAAAAAAAUGUUUUUACUUUUUUUUAUAGAAUUAUUGUUUGUAUAACAGAUAAUAGUAGUGGUGAUAAUUUUAUUGUAUUCUAUUUUUAUAUCAUUUAUAAUGAAUUCACUGAAUAUUAUUUUUUGGGAUGAAAAUUAUCAAAGAUCAUGAGAAAAUAAUUGGUUAUAUAAUUUUAUAUAAUAUUGCACAACCAUCAUAAAAAUAUCAACAGGUUUUAUUAGUCAGAUUUUCAAUUGUGUCUAGUAAUAUUUUCCAUAUAUAUUUUAUAUUUCAUUGUGUUUCAGUUUUUUCUUACUCUAUUAUUAUUCUUGAUUCUUCCCAUAUAAUGAUUUCCUUCAUUAUAAAUAUCUCUCUUUCCUCUGCGUCCGAGCUAUUAGUCUUCAGAUGUGUUAAUUUGUAAUAUUAUUCUUCCAUAUGAAUUUCCAAUAUUUUCUAUCCACUUUGCAAUUUCGUGGUGUUUUCCAAUUAUUUUCGAUUGCUAACCUCAUUAAUGCAUAUUGAACCAUCAAAACUUCCUUUAAUACACCCAUACACCCUUUGCUUCCACCCAUUGCGGCUGUUGUAAUGGUAGAACUGUGACUGUGUGUUAUACUAAUGCAAGAAAAAUCUUUGCACCUCAUUUUGUUUAAAACUUAAUAGACACAAUAAGCACCUGUGAGUGUGACCGCUUUUUACUGGUAAUCUAACAAUAUUUUUCAUAUUUAAUAUUCCAAAAUUCAUUUAGCAUGACCUUCGCUGCUGAUGGUUUAAUCUCCAGUUUUUUCAGCAGUGCUGAACCUCGAUGACGCCACUCCUUAAUCUGCAUACUUGGUCUCUACAUCAUACUACUGGAGCCAUAUGACACAUUCAUUGUAAUUAAUAUUGUGUAUACUAGGUAUGUUGAAAAAAAAAUGCCUUUCGAAUUUACUUGUGAGCAUCUAUUAUGUUAUGCUCCACUUUCAUGUUCCUUUGUAUACGACUGCCUACCAUCUUUAAACUCACGACAACAUGUGUGCACUAUGUCAUGCAGAUUCCGUUAUAUUUUCACAAAAUCUUUCGGAAUUUGCGUUGGCAUGAAUAAACUCGAGUACUUAAUCACCGCAAGUUGCUCGACACCAUCCAUUUUGAAUUGAAAUGUGGUUCUCUCGAUUUUGGAGUUUCUACUGUGAUAGAAAUAGAUGUUUCUAUCUAUGUAUCUGUCUAUACAUAAAACAAUGUGGGGUGAUUGUAAAUGUUUUAUUUCUAAAUAUAUAAUAAAUUUUUUUACGCACUAAAUAAAUUAUCACUGAUGCAAUUAUCGAAAAAGUGUAACUUUGUACACAUAAAUGAAUUUUAUGAUGGUUAUGAUUGAUAACUUAAUUAUUUAAUGUGAAAUAUAUACUGACAAAUAAAUAGUAAUUUAUUGGACGUUAGGAAUGUAUCAAUCUAAUGGAAUUUGUAUGGUAAAAUGUCAUUAUAUAAUUUGACUUAUACUGUGUAAUUUUCUAGUAUUAGAUAUUUUAAUGAUUUCAAAUAUACUCACGUAAAACAGUUCACUAUAUUGUUAAAAUUUGUAUAAGUUAAUGUCUGUUAAUUAAAUAUUCCUUCAAUGAAUUUAAUAUUCAGUGAAUCCUCUUUUUUGUAUUAUACACAGUGUACAGAAACUUUUCCGUCAAACGCAAACUUCACACAAAACAUGUGAUUUUAUGCCCAUCUAACCUAACCAUUAUCCAAAAAUUCUGUCUGCUAAAAAUUGAUAUUUACUAACUGCAAAUUUGCUAAAUUUUCUAAGCCUACAAUAAAAAAUUAUUCGCUACUGACAAAUUUUAUAGCAAUAUGGAUAACUAUUAUUAGUUAUUUUACAGAAAAAAUGUCUAAAUUCGCCAUUAUUCAUAGUUUUCGAGAAAAAUCAAGUUUUAAUUUUGUAGUUUUUGCAUUCAAUGACAUAUAGUGAAAAUACCCCUAUAGAAAAUAGAAAGAUACUCAGGAAAGCUAUACUUUUCUUAAUAUUUUAACUGACUUAUCAUUUUGUAUUUCUGUGAGUUCUUCUCAAUACUGUAUAUAUGAUAUAUCAGACAAAUUCACUAAUAUUGGCUACAACAUGCCAGCGAUCUUCAUUUUUUGCUAGGCAUCAUCAUACCGCGGAUUCUUCACAAAUCGCCUCAGUUUUCUUUCAUCAUCAACUUUGAUUUUGAACCGUCCGGGAGUCCGCUCGGAUCCUUUAGUCUGCCGCAUGGCAGCUAACUUGACGACGCCAAAAACCCAGUUGACAUUUUGUUCUCGUCAAACGAAUUUAUAAUAUUUAUUGACUGCAAUUAUUUCAGAAUUUUCUUGUUUCUUUCAAUUUUGGCCCUGAAAUCUAACAUUGCAUUUAAAUGGCCUAGAGCAAAAGGUUAACUUCGUGCUGAGCUCAUUUUCCCCUUUUACAAUAAAAUUGCCCCCUGUGGGGCGAGGACCCACAUUGACUAUAGUUCAGCCAAAGUUUAUGGAAUUUGAUGAGAUUAAAUCUAAGGACACUUAGUCGACUUCUGACUAUUGUAUUGGUCCUAUCCCCCACUUAACCUGGAAAUAUAUAAUUUUCAUCCAAUAUCUAAUUAUAAGUAAUAGUGACGCCAAGAAUAUGGUUUUGAAAAAGUAAUUAGAAAGAUAAAUCUGUUAACACUUCUUUCAAAUUAAGAUUUCUUUAAAGUUUUGUAGUGGUUCAAAACUAGCUUAAAAAUAAAUGUAAAUGCAUUUUCAAAUUGACAACUAAUAGAUUUUAAUUCAAUUUAUACUCUCGCUUUUAACAUUUGUGAUGGCAAUACAAAACACUUAACUGUUUUAUAGUAACCAAUUUAUCACUGCUAGAUAAUACAAUGAGUUGUGCUUAAAGUACCGAUUAAACAUGUAAUCUUGAAAAGAUGCUAGCUCCUGUAGAAGAAACUUUUUGGUUGAAUUUAAACUGGGUUAGAUGGACAACAAAUCUCAUCUAGAUUCUACAGUUUGCUUUUGGAAUAAGAGUUUAUUCACCCUUUAUAAUGUCUAUAACAUACUGGCUAGUUUAUGGCACUCUUAAUAUAUUUUGUAUUUGAAUUGAUAUGUGAAAAAGUUACUACAGAGGUCGGUAUAAGUCAGGCAAUAAAUUUACAUUAAAAUAAAAAAGCAGCGUUAAAAUGAGAGUAUUAAAAGAUAUUACAAAGGGGAUUUGAGAAAGGAUUCACAUUGAUGCCUAUCUUGAUCAAAGCAUUUACGGUAACGUUUCUCAACAGAGAGGAAUGUCCGACGAAACAUGUCAAGCUGUCCGCGAAUUUUAAUUUGGAUAUCGUGGUAAUCAUACAAAAACGCGGUCCUUAAGAAUGCCCCCUCAGGGUGCCAACCCCCACAGAAACCACAGGGUGUCAGGUGACAUGACCGUGCGGGUUUCUCAACGAAUCCUCUUCCAAAAUGAACAUUACGGUACUCCCGCACCCAUAACGCGUAGUGUGGCCAAGUUCCAUGCGUCAAAUAACGGAUGUUCGCGAGUUCACACACACACACACACACACACACACCAGGCAGAUUUAAUUUUUCUUUAAUGAAGACGUUAAGAUUCAGGUCGUACUAGUUCAUGAAGUUAUGUCAAUUGACCGUAUCGUACCGUUCAGCUUGAAGGUUGCUUCAUCUGACCACAAAACUGAAUGCUAGAACUGCGGAUCAUCCGUAUCUUUAUCUGAGGUACCACUUGUAAAAUUCCAAUCUGCGAUCGAAAUUAUCCUCAUGAAGCGAGUGAAGGAGUCGCCGAUGGUAAACUCGAUAGUACAUGUGGUUUAGCAUUCAUUGUAAAAAACGGUCGGAUAUUUGAAAUUCUUCCGAAAUCCACACUGCAGUUGCCGCUGUUUGUUUCCAUAUUUUCGUUAGUUGUUACAGAUACCGGCCGCCCAGAACAAGACGCGUCGGCAACAGAGCCCGUUUUUUAAAGAAUUUCUUGUAGGUCUUCCACACUGUUGAAUGAUUUGGUAGCGACGAGAUCGGAAAUUGUUGUUGAAAUUCGGUUUCAUAAUUCGCGUUCGUACCGAGAUACGACGUAACACGAACAUGCUUCGUUUUAAUCUUUUUCGACAGCGUUGCCAGACUUAUGAACGUUGCCGGACUUACGCGAUUUUUCGAGAGCGUUGCCUGACUUAUACCGACCUCUGUAUAGCGGUUAACAUUGUUGAGAAUCUUAAAUUUUUGAAUUUUAAGUUCUACAAGAUGUAUAUAGAUUUUUAUUACUCAAAAAUCAUACACUAUUUUUUUAAACUAAGAAUUUAUAAUGAAACAACAUAAAUAAUUGUGGUUGUAUUUCUGGUAAUAAUAUUGUCUACCUCUAUAAAUUCUAAAUAAUAAAUCAUAUGAUCGCCUAUUUUUAUACAACAAGGCAGUUGCAUAUAUUUUUAUGAAUGAGGGGAAAGACUGAACAUCAAUCAAAGAUAAAAAUAAAAGCAUUAGCUUGUCAAUUUAUACAGAAAAAUAGAGAAGUUUUAGAACUAUUGAAAUACAUACCCACAUUUUUUAUUUGAAUGAUCCUCUACAUUACAAAUAUUUUUUACACUAGUAUUAUACUUACUGUUUCAAAUUAAAUAAAUAAGAAAAAUCUUCUGUAUAUUUUUAAGAAGAAACUUUUAUAUAGGAUAAAAGAAAUUAUUUAGACACCCUCAAAAAAUAUUAGAAAAUAUAUGUGCCUUUUCUAAUUGCUUUUUACUCUACUUAGUUAAUCAUAAAUAUAUUUGUCCUGUGUAUUAAGUUGUUUAGUAGUUUCAACUAUGCAAUAAUUAAUAAAGCUUCCAAAGAAAAAGGAAAAUUGCACAAAAGUAUAUUUUUAAUAUCAAAAUUUUCUAUGUUUCUUGUCAUCUAUGUUAAUAAUUUGUACAGUGUAAAUAAUACUCAUUAUAUUCUAAGUCUUUGACUGAUUUUUUAAAUAUAGAGAAUUGCUGUGUAAAAUUUUAAAUAGUAAUAGAUAAGUGUGACGUUCUGCAAUUGUAUUUGACAUACAAAUAACAAAGUUUUUGUAUUUUGUUCAAAAAUAAAUUUUAGUAUUUU